AUGACGGAAAACGUUUCUUCGGAUUUUGAAUUAAUUCAAAUUGAUGAUGCUAUGGAAGUUGAAAAUAAUUGUAACAAUAUUCAGAUGGAUGAAUUUUAUGUACAAAUUAGAAAUAAAUGGAAGGAUAUUGAAGAUGAUUUUAGAUGUUGUAACAAUAGAUGUAUAAAUACAAAAAAACCUUUUGGUGUUUGUAUUAAAGGGAAUGGAUAUAUUAAUUUAAUUAAUAAGGAAAUAAUUAAAUAUUAUAAUUGUUUAGAAGGGAAAGGAAUGAAUGAUCUUGCCUUUGUUACUGCUAAAUAUAAAUUCUAUAAAACAGAAGAUUUCAUUAAUUAUUCCUUAUUUUAUUUUGAAAUUAAAAUUGGAGAAGGGAUUUCUGAUGAAAAUGAUGUAGAUUUUGGUAUUCAAAACAGAGGUAGAACAGAUAAAAAUUUAAAUUUUAUUUUACAAUGGAACCUCAAUAAAACGUUUCUCAAUCGAAUGUUAAUUCCAUUUAGUUUAAAUCCACCUGACGAUCUCAAAUGCAAAUAUGAAAUUGGAUUUAAUAUAUUUGGUGAAUAUAUUUUUUAUAGAAUGAAACCUAAUGAUAAAAAAUUUAAAAUUGAGAAUUUUUCCUGGAAUAAUGGAGACAUUUUUGGCUGUGGAUUAAUUUAUCCACCAACCAAAAUUAAUGAAUUUCCUUAUAUAUUUUUUACACAAAAUGGACAGAUAAUUGGUAAAGCUAUAUUAUUAAAAGACAAUUUUGAUUGUUUCCAUCCAUAUAUUGGAUUAGCUAAUUGUUGUUUGGUAGAAGCUAAUUUUGGGAAUGAUUUGGGAAAUAAACCUUUUAUUUAUAAUUUUAAAAAGCAUCCUGUACUAAAGGAAUUUUAUGAAGAUUAA